AUGGCGCGCUCGUCGCUGCCAGAAGGGAUAGACAUCAAAAAGUGGAAUACCAUCUAUCCCAACUACAUCAAUUCGAAGAAGACCGUGCAGGAGGGCCGACGGAUUGGGCUCGAGAAGGCAUGUGAGCAUCCACGAGCCUUUGAAAUGGCAGAAAUCUGUGAGUAUUUGAAGAUUCCACACGUAUGCGAACCAGAGAAGGCCUAUCCCAAAGAUUGGCUGAUCAGAGGACGGGUUAGAAUUUUGCUGAAGACACCUGAGGGUGCCUUCACCCAUCCUGAGAUCCACACGAAGAAAGAUGUGAUGCUCAAGAUGGGUGAGCUGAUCCCCAAGUUGAAGUCCAGGGCCAACGGGCCGCCUGGCCCAGAUAUUCCUGGCUUGGGCAUGGGGCCCUCCACAUCCGCAUCCAGCAGCGGGGCGGUUAGCAAGGACGCUAAGAAGGAGGCAAAGAAAGAGGAGAAGAAGGCCAACAAGAAGAAGAAAUGA